AUGCCGCCACUCCUCUGGGGGAGCUACCAGCGCGUGGUGCUGGCUCUGGCCCGCCGCGCGGUGCUCGGCGCAGGGCCCCGCUGGUCCGCGGGCGGUUCGGGUUGCGCUCGGGACCCCCCUUUCGGAGCUGAGGAGCUGCGGGGAGAGCUGGACAGAUUUGGAGGCGUCUCCGUGCGCCUGGGGAAGCUGGACGCUCUGGACCGCCUGGACCCGAUCGCCUUCCAGAGGGACUUGCAGGCUGCAGUACAGAAAUGGAGAUCAGAAGGUAAAGUAGCAGUGUGGCUGCACAUUCCCAUUCUCCAAAGUCGAUUCAUUGCCCCUGCCGCUUCCCUGGGCUUCUGCUUUCACCACGCGGAGUCGGAUUCAUCUGUGCUGUCUCUGUGGCUGGGCGAUGGGCCCAGCAGGUUACCAGGGUACGCUACACAUCAAGUGGGAGUGGCAGGAGCUGUAUUUGAUGAAAAUACUGGAAAAAUACUGGUCGUCCAAGAUCGAAAUAAACUGAAAAAUAUGUGGAAGUUCCCAGGAGGCCUGUCAGAGCCUGGAGAAGAUAUCGGAGAUACAGCAGUUAGAGAAGUUUUUGAAGAGACUGGUAUAAAAUCAGAAUUCAGAUCUCUCCUGAGUAUUCGGCAACAGCACACCCAUCCGGGAGCUUUUGGGAAGUCAGAUAUGUAUAUUAUCUGCCGCUUAAAGCCAUAUUCAUUCACCGUAAAUUUUUGCCAGCAUGAAUGCUUAAAGUGUGAGUGGAUGGAUCUCAGUGAUCUAGUCAAGACUAAAAAUACAACUCCCAUCACAAGCAGAGUUGCAAGACUGCUGCUGUAUGGGUACAGAGAAGGGUUUGACAAAAUUGAUCUGACCAUGGAAGAACUGCCAGCAGUUUACACAGGCUUGUUCUAUAAACUCUAUCACAAGAAACUGCCAGACAAUUACAAAACUAUGACAGGAAUGGAUUAA